UCUCCCAUGAUGUGAUAGCAAUUUCCAUCUGGGCACCGGUCAUGGAGAAGAUUUCUUGGUCUUGCAAAUAUUUAGACAGUUCAGCUUGCAUUGGUAUUUUGUGGCGCCUCGGUCGCCUGCAAUUGACGGCCGUACGGCGACGUAGAAAUGACACUAUACCCUACAACGGGGAAGACAACACAUGUUUGUACCUACCAAUAUUUCCAGCCGUGACCGGUAUGGAGCCUGCAGAGUGGGACUUGGUGGAAGAGAUAAGGAAAAUCGAGAAUACCUUCCCAGCUGUCGAGUUCUCCACUUUGAAGCUUGAAGUUAAUAUUAUAUGGAAGACGGGGCACGUGUUUGGACCCCUUGUUUUGUCCCUUCUUGGAAUAAGUUGGAUCCGUAGAGCGACAAGAAGGCUUGAGAUCAACCUAAAAAGGAGGAACAGCGAGCAAUGGUGUGCACGCGGAACAAAUUGCCCAUGUGAUCAGCCUGGGAAUUGGAGAACAAAACCCAACUCUUUGACUUUGAUCAAUCUUGAAGAAGUAGAAAUCGAAGGGAUCGAAGGACUUGAUGAUGAGUUUGAUUUCUUGAAGGUAGUGUUCCAGUUCGCACUAAAGCUGAAAAAAGUUAACGUGAAGGUGUCAGAUAGGGUCACACCAAGUGCGUUGAAGAAAAUCGACAACAUGUUCAAGGAGUACCCUCGUGUUGAAUGCUGUGUUACUUCAGCUCCCGUUAGUGCUACGAGGCCUGCUAAAAAUUAGAGGACGUAUCCUGGAUAGCCGGCUGAGAGGAGCAACAUCGACUUUCUUUGCCAUUCUCUUUGGGAGUAACACAACCUAGUGUCUAAAACUGUGGUGGCAAUCGUUUCAAUUCUUCUGCCGUGUAACAUUCAGUUAUAAGAAUUGAAGGAUAUGUAAUUGAACUUGUGUUUUCGUAAACUGUUUUUUAUAGAGCUGAUGCCAACUGCUA